AGACUGCUUGAACAACAUGCCCCAUUUGGUCUCGCUUUCCAAGCAAGGCAAAUGGAAGGAAGGUGUGCUGACUGGUAAUUUCGCUGACGCGGAAUUUGGAUUUCUUGGAUCGUUCCAAGAGCUGCUUCCGGAGAACAGUGACAGUGCAACGAAAUCGGGAAAAGCUAAGAAAAUCAAGAACGUUGAGAAUGGAAAGACGAAGGGUGAGAAUCAAGAGGUGGUAGAUGGUGCUAAAAAGAAGAAGAAAAAGAGAAGAAAGAAGAAGAAUAAAACAGGCGAAGUGGAAAAGUCGAAAGAAACUUUGGAGAAUGCUGAGUCAACAUCCGGAGAAGUAAAACUUGAUAAGAAGAAGAAAAAGAAGAAACGAAAAUUAGAGAAAGAAAAUGGGUCAGCUUCACCUGCGAAGAAAGUCAAGUUUGCGAAGGAAAUCGAAGUGGCAGAACCUGAGACAAGCGAAGUAGUUGAUGCCGCCGCUGCAGCAGAUGAGGACGAGGAAUCGGUCCAGCGAAUUGUUAUCGAUGAUGAGGAUGAAGAAGAUAAGAAAGAUGUCACAAAACCAGCUCAAUCGUCAUGGGAUGAUUUAUAUUUGCCUGAGCCUGUAACGAAGGCUAUCAAAGAAUUGGGUUUCAAAGUUCCCACAGAAAUCCAGCGACAAGUGUUGCCAUUAGCGGUUAGAGAUCGAUGUGAUGUAUUGGGUGCAGCGGAAACGGGUAGUGGCAAAACUCUAGCGUACGCCAUUCCUAUGGUGGCUCGAUUGCUGGAAGUGCCUGAAGAGCCACAGUCAAAUCGAAAGGGACCGAAGGCUUUGAUCCUUGCACCCACGCGAGAAUUGGUGGUUCAGGUUAUGAAACACGUGACAGCCGUGUUGAAGUAUACGAAUUUCAAGGCUUUUCCCAUUGUUGGCGGCUUAGCUCAAGUACGACAGGCACGAAUUUUGAAAGAGCAGAAACCUGAAGUGAUAGUAGCAACACCGGGUCGACUCUGGGCUAUGAUGAAGGAGGAGGAAGAUGGCAGUCACGCUUCCGACUAUCUGGCUGAUUGGAGUGGAUUGCUGUGUUUGGUAGUGGACGAGACCGAUCGGAUGGUGGAAAGAGGUCAUUUCGAAGAAAUGCAGGAAAUUUUGGAAACCGUGAGGAAAUCAGCGACAGAGAAACUUCAAACCCUCGUAUUCUCAGCAACACUGACCUAUGUUCAUCACGAACAACCUCGUGCAGGACAACCGGCAAAGAAAGAACUGACACCGCAGCAAAAAAUAAAAGAACUGAUCCAGCUGACAGGUAUGCGCACACAGUGCAAGAUUGUGGACAUCACUCGAGCUUUUGGUACAGCUGAGGCACUUGUGAAGACUAGAAUCAAUUGCUCAAAUCUUCUAGAAAAGGAUACGACAGUUGUUUAUCUUUUGGAACGAUAUAAAGGUCGAACGUUGAUCUUUACGAACUCGAUAGAUGCUUCACGAAGAAUGUACGGUAUAUUGAAGCUGCUAAAGCUUCAGCCGUUAAUGAUUCAUGCCAAGAUGGAACAGAAAGUGCGAUUGAAAAAUCUGGAGAAGUUUACUGCUGAUUCGAGAAGUAUUUUGUUAGCUACCGAUGUAGCAGCCAGAGGCUUGGAUAUCCAAGGUAUCGAUAAUGUGAUACAUUAUCAAGUGCCGAAAACAGCUGAGCUUUACAUCCACCGGUCGGGUAGAACGGCAAGAGCUUCGCGUAAAGGUUUAUCUGUGCUUUUAGUAGAUUCUAAGGAUGCGCACUUGUACAGGAGAUUAUGCAAAAAUCUUAACAGAGAGAAGGAUCUACCUGUUUUCCCCAUCGACUGUCAGGAACUAAUGAGGCGAUUGAGAACCAGAGUGGAACUGGCAUCUGCGCUCGACACAUUAGCAUAUAGAAGCAAGAAAAUAAGGCUGACUGAGAAUUGGUUCGAUAAGAUGAUUCGAGAAGCAGAUCUGGAAAUGGAUGACAGAAGAGAACAUGAGCAGAAUAACGCAAACGACGAGAUGAACGCUAUUAAGUCACAAGAAGUUGAAUUGCAAGCGGAGCUGAGAGCUGAGUUGGCUGAACCCCUGCCUAACAUCAGUCAAAUGAAUUUACCUAAAACGCGCUACAUCAACCCUGAUGUGGUGGCUCAGUACUCUAAGGUGGCAUCAUCGUCAACAAAUACAUUGGAGUCCUUAGAGGAGAGGUUGGCUGAAGCAGAAGUGAAGAAGAAAAAAGCUAGAAAGCUUAUCACUACACACCAACUGAAGGCUAAAGCGUUCAAGCGUAAAAAGAAAUCUUAAUUCGCUUCUGUUACGACAUUGUUGUUAUUGAUUUUUUUGUUAUUCCUUGUUGUUUGUUGUGGCUGAAAUGCGCAAAUUGCCGCUGACCUUAGGGAUGUGAGUUCCAUGGCCAUAUUUUACGCGCAAAUGUCGUUGACACCGCAAAUGCAUCAGUAUCCAGAAUUUAUAUAGGAAAGCUCCAAUUUUCUUUCUGAUUUUUCUGGACCUUCAAAUUGCCUUGACCUUUAUGACUCUACAGACUACCGACACCUACCAUAGAUCUACUAUAAAAAGCUGUCUUGCGUCUGCAUCUGCGACUUGAACUACUUUGUUAUGAAUCCUCUAGAUCUUCAAAUUUAUAUCUUGUUGUUGAUUGCUGAGUUUUAUGCUCUGAAUAACAUGUUUUGCUUUGGCAUUGCUUGGAAAUGUAUUUGUUAUUAUUAUUGUUGCUGUUACAUGAAUAAUGGAUACUUU